AUGGUGCUUCGCUGGGGCAUCAUUGGAUGCGGUGAUGUCACGGAAGUGAAGAGUGGACCGGCCUUCCAAAGCGCGGAGAACUCGAAGCUGGUGGCAGUGAUGCGCCGGGAUGCACAGAAGGCCAAAGACUAUGCAGAGAGACAUCAGGUGCCCAAAUGGUACAACACCCUGGAGGGCAUCCUGACCGAUCCUGAGGUGGACGCCAUCUACGUGGCAACUCCGCCAGGGUCUCAUCUGGAGGUGGCUUUGGAGGUGGCGAAACAUGGAAAGCCCUGCUACUUGGAGAAGCCCAUGGCAAGGAAUCUCACUGAAUCUAUGGAGAUCGCCAAAGCCUUCGAAUUGCUCUCGAUUCCCUUGUUCGUAGCGUAUUACCGAAGAUCCUACAAGCGCUUUCUGCGCUUGAAGGCCCUUCUAGAUUCUGGCCGCUAUGGCCAAGUUUCCUCGGUUCAAUAUCGUUUGGAACGACCCGCGCCUGCACCGGGCGCCACACCCGCGGGCUGGCGGCAAGAUGCUUCUAUCUCAGGUGGAGGUCUCUUUGUGGAUCUCGGGUCGCACGCCUUGGAUCUCCUGGAUUUCCUCUUCGGUCCCCUGCAGCUGCGAGGGGCGGCAGCCCGGCGGCCUGAGGCCGACCCAGCGGAGCCGGAGGAUUCGGUGGUGGUGGCCUUCGCCUGUGGGGAGCAGCAAACCACAGGCACUGGAGUGUGGAAUUUUCACUCCACCGAAAGUUCUGAUGUCUUGGAGAUUACCACCAGCAACGCCAAGAUUCUGCUGCCCGACUUCAUGAACGGCCGGCAGGUUUCUGUGAAGUCACCGGACGGCACGGUGCUGGAAGAAUGGGUGGAGGCACCGCCGAGCACCGUGCAGCUGCCGAUGAUUCAGAGUGUCACCACAGCGAUCCUCCUCGGGGAUCCAUCGCUCUGCGCCAGCGACGCCACCAGCGCUCUGCGCACGGCGCGCUACAUGGACGACGCGCUGGAGACCUUCUACGGCGGCAGAGCCGAUGCCUUCUGGAAACGGGUGGAGAGCUGGGGAGUCAAUUCCAAGUGA